UUUUCAAACAGAAACGAGGCUCUAGGGGAUGGCUCCGUGAGGCUUGGAGGAACGCUGCUCGGGGAGGCAAAACUUGAGCAAAGGACUGGCCAGUCCAGUUCACAGUGAUGCCUGCCCUCUGUCCUCUGACUGUCUGUGAGGUCCCCAAGAAGGCUGCGGGGCCAAUGGCCCCGUAGUGAAAAGCAGAAGUUUCUAGACAUCUGUUGAGAGCAGGCGCUUGCUCAGAGACAACAGCGGUGGUAGACAGGCACAACAGCUCAAGCCUGACGGAAUGAACUCGCCAAGGACAGUCACGUUCUACUUUGUACUCACAGUCAUCUGUUCUUCAGAAGCUACCCUGAGCAUGACUGUAGAGCCCAUUGUUCAUCCUUCGAUUCACCAUGAACAUGACCUAGCAGGACAAGAGCCGCUGAGGCAAAAACGAGCAGUUGUACUAGGUGGUCCUGUGGUGGAAGAAUACACUGUGGAUAUCGAGAUCAGUUUUGAAAAUGUCUCCUUCGUGGAGUCUGUCAAAGCUCACUUGAACAGCCUCAGUUUUCCAGUCCAAGGAAACGGCACUGACAUUUUGAGCAUAGCCAUGACAACAGUCUGCACACCUGCUGGAAAUGACCUCUUGUGCUCCUGCGAGAAAGGCUAUGCGUGGCCUCAGGAACGGUGUCUCCAUGCUCUCAGCUGUCAAGAGCAUGACAGUGCCCUGUCAGGCCGCUACUGCAGUUGUCUGAAAGGACUUCCUCCCCAUGGGCCUUUCUGCCAGCUCCCAGAAGCAUACAUUACCUUAAAAAUCAAAGUCAGACUGAACAUAGGAUUUCAAGAAGACCUAAACAACAGAUCCUCUGCCCUCUAUAGGUCCUACAAGACUGACCUGGAAAGAGCGUUCCGAGAGGGUUACAAAACUUUACCAGGAUUCAGAUCGGUGACUGUGACACAGUUCACCAAUGGCAGCGUGGUUGUGGACGUUGAGGUCCAGGUUACAUUGUCACCACUGCCUGGAUCUAUUCACAAAGCCAAUGAGCAAGUCACACAGAACCUCAACCAGACUUACAGAAUGGACUACAGCUCCUUCCAAGGAACGCCAAACAACGAAACAAAGUUCACCAUCAUACCAGAUGUCAUCUUUGAAGGGGACAAUGUGACCCUGGAGUGUGAAAAUGAAAUUGUGUCCUCCAAUACGUCUUGGUACUAUGGAGAAAAACACUCCGAGAUCCCGAACAGCGACAGAUUCUCCAUUCACACCACAGUCCUCAACAAUAUGAGCCUCGUCUCCCGCCUCACCAUUUAUAACUUCACACGGCGCGACGCAGGCAUAUAUGGUUGCAACCUGACAUUGGAUAUUUUUGAAUUUGGGACAUCCAGAAGAGUAGAUGUCACCCCCAUCCGGAUUUUGGCCCAGGAAGAAAGAAAGGUGGUGUGUGAUAACAAUCUUAUAUCACUGAACUGCUGCAGUGAGAAUAUUGCCAACUGGAGCAAAAUUGAAUGGAAGCAGGAAGGGAAAAUAAGCAUUCUAGGGAACCCGGAAACAGACCUAGAAUCUAGCUGCAGCACUUACACCCUCAGGGCAGAUGGAACCCAGUGUCCCAGUGGGUCUUCUGGCACGACGGUGACCUACACGUGUGAGUUCGUCAGUCCCUACGGGGCCAGAGGCAGUAAGAACAUAGCUGUGACGUUCAUCUCUGUGGGAGAUAAUCCCAGCUACAGAGGGGAAGUGCACGAGGUCCUAAGACAUGUGAUGGAAAUGAGUACAGUUCAGAGCACCACCGGGAACAGCCUAGAAACGAGUAAAACCCAGGAGCAGCAAGCCAACUUAACAAUAACCCCGGACCCAAUUUCUGUUUCUGAGGGACAAAGCUUUUCUAUAACAUGCCUCAGUGAUGUGAGUAACUAUGAUGAGGUGUACUGGAACACAUCAGCUGGUAUUAAAAUCCAUCCAAGGUUUUAUACCAUGAGGAAGUAUCAGGAUGGAGCAGAGUCGGUACUCACAGUGAGGACCUCCACCCGAGAGUGGAAUGGAACCUACCACUGCAUAUUUAGAUAUAAGAAUUCAUACAGUGUCGCCACCAAAGACGUCACCGUUCACCCGCUGCCUCUGGAGUCAGAUAUCAUGAUGGAUCCUUUGGAAGCCAGUGGUCUGUGCACCAAUUCCCACCAAUUCAAGUGCUGCGUAGAAGACGGUGUAGGGGAGAAAUACUCCGUGACUUUCCACGUAGAUUCUUCAUCCUUUCCUGCCGAAAGAGAAGUCAUUGGCAAGCAAGCAUGCUACAAAUACAGUCUCCCAGCAAAGUUACCUCACUGGUGUCCCAAAAACAUCGAUGUGUUUUGUCACUUCACCAAUGCAGCCAACAGCUCAGUCCGGAGCCCAUCUAUGAAACUUGCCCUUGUUUCAGGGGAGAAUAUCACAUGCCGAGAUCCUGUCAUAGGUAUUGGGGAACCUGGGAAAGUCAUCCAGAAGCUGUGCCAGUUCUCAAGUGUUUCCAGAAGCCCUGGCCAGAUCCUCGGUGGGACCGUUACCUAUAAAUGUGUAGGCUCCCAGUGGAAGGAAGAGAAAAGAAGCUGCAUCUCAGCCCCAAUCAAUGGUUUGCUCCAGUUGGCCAAGGCUUUGAUCAAGAGCCCCUCCCAGGAUCAGAAGCUCCCUGCAUACCUGAGGGACCUUUCUGUUAGUGCUGGCAAGGAAGAACAGGACAUCCGCUCCUCCCCAGGAAGCCUGGGAGCCAUCAUUAGCAUCCUGGAUUUGCUCUCGACAGUUCCAACCCAAGUGAAUUCAGAAAUGAUGAGGGAUGUGCUUGCCACCAUCAAUGUCAUCUUAGACAAGUCCACCCUGAACUCCUGGGAGAAGUUACUCCAGCAGCAGAGCAACCAGAGCUCUCAGCUCCUGAACUCAAUGGAAAGGUUCACCCAAGCACUCCAGAUGGGGGAUGCCACCCCUCCGUGGCUCUUCCACCCUAAUGUUCAGAUGAAGAGCAUGGUGAUCAAACGCGGCCACCCCCAGGUCUACCAGCAGAAGUUUGUCUUCGAAGACUCCGACCUGUGGGGUGAUGUCUCCAUCGAUGAGUGUCAGCUGGGAAACCUGCAGCCUGAGUCAUCGGUCGUCACCGUAGCUUUCCCGACCCUCAAAGCCAUCCUUGGCCAGGAUGUACAGAGGAAGACGGCCUCCAGCAGCUUGGUAAUGACCACCACUGUCAGCCGUGACAUCAUCAAGCCGUUUAGGAUUGCCAUGACUUUUAAGAACAACCAUCAUUCGGGUGGCAAGCCGCAGUGUGUCUUCUGGAACUUCAGCCUCGCCAACUACACAGGGGGCUGGGACAGCAGCGGGUGCUCCGUGGAAGAUGACGGUAGGGACAACAGGGACAGAGUCUUCUGCAAAUGUAACCACCUGACGUCAUUCUCCAUCCUCAUGUCCCCAGACUCCCCAGAUCCAGGAUCUCUUUUAAAAAUCCUUCUGGAUAUCAUUUCUUACAUUGGGUUGGGUUUUUCCAUCUUCAGCUUAGCGGCCUGUCUAGUUGUGGAAGCCAUGGUGUGGAAAUCAGUGACCAAGAACCGAACUUCCUAUAUGCGCCACAUCUGCAUUGUCAACAUUGCCUUUUGCCUUCUGAUUGCUGACAUCUGGUUCAUUGUGGCUGGUGCUAUCCACAAUGGCCGCUACCCGCUCAAUGAAACAGCCUGUGUGGCCGCCACCUUCUUCAUCCACUUCUUCUACCUAUGUGUCUUCUUCUGGAUGUUAACCCUGGGCCUCAUGCUCUUCUACCGUCUGAUCUUCAUUCUGCACGAUGCAAGCAAGUCCACCCAGAAAGCCUUCGCCUUUUCUCUAGGCUAUGGCUGUCCGCUCAUUAUCUCAUCCAUCACAGUGGGAGUUACGCAGCCGCAGGAAGUCUACAUGAGGAAGAACGCGUGUUGGCUUAACUGGGAGGACACCAGGGCACUGCUGGCAUUUGCCAUCCCUGCGCUGAUUAUCGUGGUGGUGAAUGUGAGCAUCACAGCUGUGGUCAUCACUAAGAUCCUGAGGCCGUCCAUCGGAGACAAGCCAGGCAAGCAAGAGAAGAGCAGCCUGUUCCAGAUCAGCAAGAGCAUCGGGGUCCUCACACCACUCCUGGGGCUCACCUGGGGUUUUGGCCUUGCCACAGUGAUCCAGGGGAGUAAUGCUGUGUUCCACAUCAUAUUUACCCUCCUCAAUGCCUUCCAGGGGCUCUUCAUCUUGCUCUUUGGCUGCCUCUGGGAUCAGAAGGUGCAGGAAGCUUUGCUGCACAAGUUUUCAUUGUCAAGGUGGUCUUCCCAGCACUCCAAGUCAACAUCCCUAGGCUCAUCUACGCCUGUGUUUUCUAUGAGUUCUCCAAUAUCCAGAAGAUUUAAUAAUCUCUUUGGUAAAACAGGAACAUACAACGUUUCCACCCCAGAGGUGACCAGCUCAUCCCUGGAAAAUUCAUCUAGUGCUUACUCGCUGCUCAACUAGGCAAAGACAAAUCCAAAGACCUCUCAGAAACAGAGCACAUGCCAAGAAAAAGGGACCCAUCCACAUCUAUGGGUAAAGGCAUCUCUCUGCCAACUUCUGGGAGCAGAUGCUGAAGAGACUCUUUCGUAAAGACAGACUGAAAGCAAUUGCUGUGUUUAUUUUUGCUCCUACCCCUAUACAUUGUGUAAUGCCAAAUAUGUAUAGUAUUUAAAAGAAACUUCCCCCCAUGGCCCAACUUUUCUCUAUAUAUUGUAAAAUAGAAUUUUGAAGAGAGUUUUACACACACACACACACACACACACACACACACACACACACACAUACACACCAUUGGCUACCAAUAUAAGCAUUGAAACAUUAAGUAAAAAGUUAGUACCCAGGAAUUCGGUGAUUUCAAGGAAGGAAGGAAGGAAGGAAGGAAGGAAGGAAGGAAGGAAGGAAGGAAGGAAGGAAGGAAGGAAGGAAGGAAGGAAGGAAGGAAGGAAAGAGAGAAGGAAGGAGGAAGAAUUAUGUAGAAAACAUUUGGGAGCACAUCCGUGAUUUAUUAUGAUUGCUCAGAUACUGCUGCACUGACAGUGAAAAUAUAUGGCUCAAAAAUGGACACUGAAAUGAAGCCAUGGGGGAUGAGCUUAGCACAUUCCUGAUCUUUCCCUAGCUAAAAGGGCAGAAUAAAGGACAGAGGAGAAACUAGGAAGGAGAUCAGGCUGUGAGGAUAUUUCUGGCUGGAUGGUAAUGUUUGCAAGCAGUUCAGGCAAAGAGACUCACUUCUCCUGACAGCAGGGACGCAUAUGAACCUUUGGAUGUCAAGGUCUGAGCAAUGCAGUAUGAGCACACAGAGCAAGCAUGACAUCAACUUUGUCAGAUCCAUGCAAGGGUCAUUUCUUUCUCUUUCUUUUUUUAAGUAUAAAAGCAGGUUUAUUGCGGGUAACUCUCAGGUGGGGAAAUCUCCAUGCAGACAGAGAAAAGGAAGGCAGAGAAAGAAAGAGAGAGUGUGUGCAUGGGAGAGAGAGAAAGAAAGAUAGAGCAAGUUUCAUGUCUUAUGGUUUGUCAGAAAAGUAUUGUGUGUUAGUUUGUUCAGAGUUUUGAAAGCAACACGUGUGUAUGUAUAUAUUAUACCUGGUAAUUGACAAACUCGAUAUAAUGUACUGAACUCAGACUCCAGCAUCUGUAUUACAUGUAACAGCUUUAACCAGGUACUUCUGUGCAGUAGAGGGUAGAUUCAAUAAUCAUGUAGAGUGUACAUUUUUAUUUCUGCCUUUGUGACUUCAUGGCGAUGUGCUGUCUGGAUUGCUGUGUUCCAUUCCUUCCCAGUGUCCUAAGUUCCCACACCAAUAUACAUACGCUCAGAGUUUCUGUGGCCUGAUCUGUGUUUAUUACAGCCACUGGGAUGGCUCCCGAAGGAAAAUAAAAUAAAAUAAAAUAGGCACCAGGCUCUUCUGUGCGAGCCACACUUUACUUUGAUAAGCAAAUGGCAGAUUUACCUCCAAGAUUAGAUGUUUGUGAAUUUAUGCCUCUGUGGUUUUUGUAUGUGUGUCUCUCAAAAAUACAGAUAUUUAUUAAAACUGCAUCCAUGAUAGAA